GACAGUACCAUGACGCAAUCACCAGACAUAAUGUCCCUGCAGAUGAUAUCAGCUAUUAAUAAUUCAUCCUUGAUUCAGCCAGGCUUUUCUCUGCUGAAUUUUGAUGGGCAGGUUUUCUUUUUUGGACAGAAAGGCUGGCCAAAGAGAUCUUGCCCCACUGGAGUUUUUCUCCUUGACUUAAAAAAAAAUGAGCUCAAAUUGAAGCCUGCAUUUUUCUCUAAGGAUUCCUGCUAUCUUCCCCCUCUCCGUUACCCUGCUAUCUGUGCUCUCAGGGGCAGAAUAGAGCCUGAGAAAUGCCAGUAUGUCAUCCAUGGUGGGAAAACACCAAACAAUGAACUAUCUGAUAAGAUUUAUGUUAUGGCUAUAGUAUGCAAGUCUAGCAAAAAAGUCACCUUUAAAUGCACUGAGAAAGAGUUAGUUGGGGAUGUUCCUGAAGCAAGAUAUGGCCAUACCAUUAAUGUAGUUCAUAGCCGAGGUAAAAGCAUGAGUGUUAUAUUUGGGGGAAGGUCAUAUAUCCCUCUUGGACAAAGAACCACAGAAAAAUGGAAUAGUGUAGUAGACUGUAUGCCCCAUGUGUUUUUGGUUGAUUUUGAGUUUGGGUGCUGUACCUCAUACAUCCUUCCAGAGCUUCAGGAUGGAGUUUCUUUCCACGUCUCCAUUGCCAGAAAUGAUACCAUCUACAUCCUAGGGGGUCAUUCUCUUGAAAAUAACAUCAGACCCCCCAACCUAUACAGGCUAAAAAUUGACCUGCCACUAGGCAGCCCAGCUGUGAGCUGCACCAUCUUGCCUGGGGGGAUCUCUGUCUCCAGUGCUCUUGUGACUCAGACUGGUGAUAAAGAGUUUGUCAUGGUUGGAGGCUACCAGUGUGACAACCAGAAGAGGAUGUUUUGUAAUACAAUCACUUUAGAAGAUAACAACAUAGAGAUUGGGGAAAGGGAGACCCCAGAUUGGACACCAGAUAUUAAACACUGCAAGAUAUGGUUUGGUAGUGAUAUGGGUAACGGGGCCAUAUUGCUUGGUAUACCAGGGGACAACAGGCAACUAAUUUCAGAUGCAAACUAUUUUUACAUUUUGAGAUGUAGAGGAACAAGAGAAGAUGAGGAGGAGAUGGCACAGACUUGCAGUCAGACAUCUACAGAAGACCCAGGGGACUCCACACCAUUUGAAGAUUCAGAGGAGUUCUGUUUUAGUGCUGAAGCCAAUAGUUUUGACGAUGAUGAUAUUGACACCUAUAAUGAAGAUGAUGAAGAAGAUGAAUCAGAAACAGGCUACUGGAUCACCUGCUCUGCCAACUGUGACAUUGACAUCAACACUUGGGUCCCUUUCUAUUCGACUGAACUGAACAAGCCAGCUAUGAUCUACUGUUCCAAUGGAAAUGGCCACUGGGUCCAUGCUCAGUGUAUGGACCUAUCUGAGCGCAUGCUCAUACAUCUUUCAGAGGCAAAUGUCAAGUACUUCUGCAAUGAGCAUGUUGAUCUUGCUAGAGGGCUGCAAACACCAAAGAAGGUUCUGCCUGUGAAAAAACAACCUAUGAAACCACUGCGCAGAAAAACAUCCAUGAAGAUAGCAACUCCAGUGAAAAAAUCUUUUCUUCGGAGGUUAUUUGAGUAG